AUGGAGAUGAGAGAGGUGGAGAGGAGAAAGGUGGAGAGGAGAAAGGUGGAGAAGAGAGAGGUGGAGAAGAGAGAAGUGGAGGUGAGGCAGGAGCGCCCUACGCGAAGUAGACAACGGAGCUAUGGGGAGCGGGUGGUGGUCCGGCCCACGGUGGAGGGGAUGCCGGUGCAGGUCGUCAUCAGACCUCGGAGGAGAUCGCCACCAUGCCGGAGACGAGAGGUGGAGUACCAACCACCGCCACCGAAGAGGCCAAGCUCAACAGUGACCAGGCCAGGCCUCCCUCAGGGAGGACCUUGGGGGCCUAAAAGAACAAAGAAGGAGGAGGAGAGAUACCCCGUGGUGUGGGACCACUUGGGGCUACCAGGGGCCGGAAGGGGGCGGUUCCUGGAGCAGACCAGGGACAGGAGGGGCCCUCAUCCAGGACCAAGGGGGGUCUUGGAGUCGGCACCCGAGCAGACCAGAGACAGGAGGGGCCCUCAUCCAGGACCAAGGGGGGUCUUGGAGUCGGCACCCGAGCAGACCAGAGACAGGAGGGGCCCUCAUCCAGGACCAAGGGGGGUCUUGGAGUCGGCACCCGAGCAGACCAGAGAAAGGAGGGGCACCCAUCCAGGACCAAGGGGGGUCUUGGAGUCGAGGGGUGAGCCCAGGAGGUGGAGGGGUCGAGGAUCCAGUUGUCCCGUAGAGGGGUGUGGGACAAGGACCUAUAAAUUGCAGGACCAUGCCUUCUUUGCACAUCUCCCUCGCUAUUUCCGGGCUCGGUACCCGCAGGAUCAUCCUCCCGAACGAGAUGUGCUGGACAAAAUAGUGACGGCCCUACGGCAGCUGGCGUCCUGGAUUCUGGGUCCAGGCGCAACCCUGGAGGGGUUACACGAGUUUUGCAAUCGGAACGUUCAAUUGUCCCCGGAUUGCACCCUCCAAGAGAAUGCAAUAGCUGGACUGAGGCAUUUGUGUACGGCCCAGGGUUGGCGCAUCCCAACCAAAUUCAGCCUGCGGCCCCUGAACUCUCCAGCGUGCCUGAAGCAAUGGAGGGUGUUGCUUCAUCUUCUGAACUUUGUGCCUCAGGACAAGAGGAGGGAGUUCCGCUUGCUCAUGGUUUCAGUGCCCCAACAUACCCGCUGGACUGCGCGGGUCCAGGCUCCCCAGGAAUGGGACCAGGAACUGGUAGAUGUGGGACAGGCGGAGGCCAUGUGGUUGCCGGAGGAUGAGGAGGUCCAAGUAGGGGGAGAAGAUGAGUCCGCGGACAUGGGGGCCGUCGGAGGAAGCGAGGAAGUGUGUGGGGAGGUGGAGACAUGGGAAGAGGAGCUCGUGUCUGAAAAGUUGGGAGAAGAUGAGUCCGCGGACAUGGGGGCCGUCGGAGGAAGCGAGGAAGUGUGUGGGGAGGUGGAGAUAUGGGAAGAGGAGCUUGCAUCUGAGGGGCUGGGAGAAGAAGGGACACUCCAGGGGCCAGGGGGUCUCGACCAUCUGAUUGACGCCCACUUCCACCUGGACCGGACAUGGGCGGGCACGUUUGGGAGGGCGCCCCAGGGGACCACUCCCGAACUAUUGGCCUCCGCGCCAGAAGUGAGUCACCCAUUCGGUGAGCUGCCUGUCUGGGGGGUUGAAGUAUACUGCGACCCCCCUACGUUUCCUCAGCGAAUCAACAAUGACCCAAGAUACAUCACCGCGGUCGGAAUCCACCCAAAGAAGGUCGCAGGCUUGACGGACAAGGUGUUUAGGCAGAUUCUUGGUUUCUGGAAGGACGCCCGAUGCUUAGUGGGGGAGGUCGGGUUGGAUCACUCAGUCCCGGCGUGGGAGUGGAGAGGCCAGGAAUCCGCCCUGAAGGAGCUAUUGCCACAUGUCCCAGCCGGGCGGGUGGUAAUAGUGCAUGUGAGGGGACCCGCGGGAGAUGAGGAGGCGGGGGCAACCCACGCCCGGGCAAUACAAAUCCUGAAGGGGAUCUUACCGCCACAACAGCCAGUGCACGUGCACUGCUUCACGGGUGGAGAGGAAACAGUGCAGGAAUGGUUAAAGGCAUUCCCCCGGGCCUACUUCGGCUUCACGGGCCGGGUGCAAGGAUUUAAGUCAGGCCAAGUGGCUGGUCUGAGAGCGGUGCCGGGUGACCGACUGCUGUUGGAAACAGACUCCCCAUACAUGCCACCCAAGGGGUAUCGCGUCAACUCCCCGGCACUGCUGUGCCUGAUUGGAGAUAUGGUGGCUGGGAAGAGGGGGAUGAGUACCAAGGAGCUGCUGGUGGCUACAACUGCAAACGCCGCUCAGUUGUUCGCCUUGUAGAGAGGCGGAGAGCCCACCCCACGGGGGAGUGGGGCAUGAAGGAGAAUGAUGAGUUGAGAGGUUUUCACCCUAAGGAGGGGGUGAAGGGGGAAAUGAAGUGUGAAGAAUUCUGGGUUCCUCGCCAAUGGGAACGUAGGACAAGGGACAUGUGGAGAACUGUGUGUCAUAUUCCAUAGGAGGUGGA